AUGAAUGAACAAUUCAAAAUAUUUAAUUUAAUUAAAACAGAUUAAAAAACGCAAAAAUGUCAAGUAACGAGAAUAAAAUGGUGCAGCAAAGUUUUUAAAUUAUCAUAAUUUUGUAACAAAAAAUUUAAAUAUCUAGAUAAUUUAGAUGCUGAAUUAUUAAAAAAAAUAGAUAAGGACAUACUACAUUUAUGA